UCGGCUUGCGUGCGCCGCGCCUUGACCGGGGAGGAUGCGCCUCCUUCCGCGCGCUGCCGCUGCCCUCUUCGUCUGGUGCCCGGGGAGCGCGGCGAUUAGCCAGAUGGGGACCGGCCUGGCCGGCUGACGGAGCGGGGGAGGAGGAGGAGGAGGAAGAGCAGGCGCUUUUGUUGCCGCUGCAACCGCUGGAUCGCUUGCUGCAAGGAGAGUCGGGGCGGCCGGAGGAAGGAGGCGCCAGGUGGAGGGACUCACCACGCAUCCUUAUCUGAAGCUCCACAUCGUCAUGGCAUGCCUGCACGAGACCCGCACACCCUCGCCUUCCUUUGGCAGUUUCAACACUAUCUUGACUGAGAGUUCCCUCCGCAAGCUAGAUCCGGAUGCCUCUGACUGCACCCCGGAGAAGGACCUUACGCCGACGCAGUGCGUGCUGAGAGAUGUGUUGCCCAUUGAUGGGGGUGGCGGUGGAGGCAGCGGGCAAAGCCCCACCCCCAGCGAGGAGACCCACGACCAGUUUGCCAACAGUGUGCUACAGCUCCAUGAGCAUGAAGCUGGUGGGGGAGGAGGGGGAGGUGGCGCUGGCGCAGGGGCCGGCGCAGGGAACGCCGAAGUGCGGCCUACCCGUUACCACGCUGACCAAGUUCGGAUACACUGCCAGUCGGGGAGCGGCUUCCUAGAAGGCCUGUUUGGCUGCCUCAAGCCCGUCUGGACCAUGAUUGGCAAAGCGUAUUCCACAGAACACAAGCAGCAACAAGAAGACCCAUGGGAAGUGCCCUUUGAAGAGAUUAUGGACUUACAGUGGGUCGGCAGUGGGGCCCAAGGCGCGGUCUUCCUGGGACGCUUCCAUGGGGAGGAGGUCGCUGUCAAGAAGGUGCGAGACCUCAAGGAGACAGACAUCAAACACCUUCGGAAGCUGAAACACCCCAACAUCAUCACCUUCAAGGGUGUGUGUACCCAGGCUCCUUGUUACUGCAUCAUCAUGGAAUUCUGUGCCCAGGGCCAGCUGUAUGAGGUGCUACGUGCAGGACGAAAGGUCACCCCCUCCCUUUUGGUCGACUGGUCCAUGGGGAUAGCUGGCGGCAUGAAUUACCUGCACCUCCAUAAAAUCAUCCAUCGUGACCUCAAGUCACCCAACAUGCUGAUCACUUACGAUGACGUGGUGAAGAUCUCCGACUUUGGUACCUCCAAAGAGUUGAGCGACAAGAGCACCAAAAUGUCUUUUGCAGGCACAGUGGCCUGGAUGGCACCAGAAGUGAUUCGGAAUGAGCCUGUCUCGGAGAAGGUUGACAUCUGGUCCUUUGGUGUUGUUCUCUGGGAGCUGCUGACAGGAGAGAUCCCAUACAAGGACGUGGACUCCUCAGCCAUAAUUUGGGGUGUGGGCAGUAACAGCCUCCACCUGCCUGUCCCCACCAGCUGCCCUGAUGGCUUCAAGAUCUUGCUGAGACAAUGCUGGAACAGCAAACCCAGGAACCGCCCAUCCUUCCGCCAGAUCCUGCUGCACCUUGACAUCGCAUCCGCUGAUGUGCUGUCUACGCCCCAGGAGACGUACUUCAAAUCUCAGGCUGAGUGGCGGGAAGAGGUGAAACUGCAUUUUGAAAAGAUCAAAUCAGAGGGGACAUGUCUACAUCGCUUGGAGGAGGAGUUGAUCCACCGACGGAGAGAAGAACUCAGGCAUGCUUUGGACAUCCGAGAGCACUACGAGCGCAAGUUGGAGCGAGCCAACAAUCUCUACAUGGAGCUCAACUCCCUCAUGUUACAGCUGGAGCUUAAGGAGAAAGAGCUACUCAGGCGGGAGCAAGCUCUGGAGAAGAAGUACCCAGGGCUCUUCAAGCACCACCCAUCACGGAGCCUCCUACAUGGCAACACGGUGGAAAAGCUGAUCAAGAAGAGGAAUGUGCCUCAAAAGCUCUCUCCACACAGCAAGAGGCCUGACAUCCUGAAGACAGAGGUGAUCAUGGACCCCACCCUGCCACAGCUGGCCAUCCCCGUGUGCCAGAAAGGACCCCCCUCCCCUGGGCGCAGUCGUCGGGCAAAGUCACGCUACCGCAAAGUCAGCACCCGGGGCAGUUGUGGGGAGCUGGUGGAGCCAGGGGGAGCGAAGCGCCUGGAGUCCUGCACCGCCCUCCGGGGCCUUCAGCACGACCUCCUGCUGCGUAAGAUGUCGUCUUCCAGCCCGGACCUCAUCUCCACCACUCUGGGAGCUGAGGGCCGCAAGGGAGCGGCUGGGCCCGAAUCCCCGCCGGCAGAGCAGCCCCGCAGCGAAACACCGAGCGAAGAUACUGCCUCUGUGCCAUGUUCUAGCAGCCCUGAGUCACCCUCUUCCCGGCAGGGCGCGGUUGGGCCAUCAGGGAAGGCGAGGCUGCAGCCGGGAGAGGAAGCCGAGCGCGAACAAGGACGGAGCAGCCGGGCAGGGGGAGCCACGCCACAGGCCCAGCACCUCACACCAGCGGCACUGUUGUAUCGUGCAGCUGUCACUCGGAGCCAGAAGCGUGGGGUCUCCUCAGAGGAGGAAGAAGGUGAGGUCGACAGUGAGGUAGAGCUUCCCCUCAGGCAAAGGUGGCCCCAGGCCAUGAGCAAACGGCAGUCCCUUUCCACCUUCAGCUCUGAGAACUUCUCCGAUGGAGAUGGGGAGGAGGGCACUGCCAGUGAGGGCACCACCGCUUCCCAUAGCGGGGGCACACCUGACGUGGCCAGUACUAACACGGAUGAACGCCUGGACGCCGAACGCUCAGACGACGACAUCCUGGGGCAUUCCGACGGGCUGUCCGAAAAGGAGGCAGCCAUUCGGCUCGUCAAACGCCAACUCAGCACUGAGCAGAAUGCGGCAGAGGACCCUGCUGUCUAUGAGGAUUCGGACUGCGACAGUGCCGAACUGGACCACUCAGGCAGCGGGGAGGGGCAGAGACUUCCGGACAUACCCAAUUUGUGAUCAUCACGUCUGCCCAACUUUCCUCCCUUUCAUGGGUUGUACAGAUAACCUGCCCUUCUCUCUGCCUCCUUGCACCACCACCUCCUCCCCUCCCCAGAUAUUUAUAUAAAUAAUCUAUAAAGCUCUAUAUAAAUCUAUAUUAUCUCAUAAUCUCUGGAAGGAGAGCCAGCACGCCUCGUCGUUUCCGCCGCUGCCGCCACCGCCCUCACUUCUUGUUCCUGUGUUCUCUUGGACUGGCUGGGGGUGUGUGGUUUGCUGAGGGUCCCUCGCACACAUCAGGGCUUGCUGUUUUCCCUUUGGACACCUGGAGGCAACCCCACUCUUGCCCACAAACUUGUGCGGUUGGCCCUGCAACUCGGCAGGAAGGCGUGCCAUCGACCCCUAGGCAGGAAUCGACUCCUCCCAUUCUGCUUCCUCUCAAGCCCUGGACAUGGCAAGAGCCAGCCAAGGACCAACCAGCUCCAGCAAAGCCCGAUGAGAGCCAUCAGUGGUCCCAAGGGGCAAAGAUGCAGAAAGAACACGUUGGUUUGGGAAGCCAUGCUCUGGUCCACCAAAGGAAGCAGCGAGAUGCACCUGUCGAAGGUGCUCUGAAGGCCCUUCCGCAACAUCCGGGCUGGAGGGAUGUGCGUCCCGGGCACCAGCCAGUCUCUUGAGAUGGACUCAUUGCAUGUUUGGGCCACAGUCAGCACGGAAACUCCCCGCCCCCCCACAAAACCAAAGCUUGAAAAUCAGUUGUUUCCACACCCCAAGUGUAACCCCUUCCUAGAAUUAACAAACCAAAGCUUAAGUGCAGAAAAACCAACUGUUCUCAACACAGAGAGAGGCGCAUGCUCCUGUUUUUGGCAAGUACUUUCAGAGCCCAAUAACUACAGUAUCUGGUCCCUUCCAGCACCCACUCACCUGUAUGUCCCCUACACAAACACCCACCCACCCACAAUGUGGCUCAUCCCCUAUUUGGGGGGGUUUUCUGCUGUCUGCUGGCACCAACAUGCACUGCACUUUUUAAAUUUUAUGUUAUGCUAUUUAUUAUUUUAUAAUGAGGAAUGUUUACAUUUGCACUUAAAUGUGUGUCGCUGUCAGGUGGUUUUGUGUAAAGGGAGGAGUAGGGCAGGGCGGAAGAGCCAGGGGCUCAAGGGAGCAGGAGAGGAAGUAUGCGAGGGGCAGGAAGCAGGGGGCCAGGAUUUGCCCUGCAAGCCUGCUGCUGCCCAAUCAUUUAUGACGUUUAAAAGGAGAAAGGGGAGUUCGUAGCGUUUUACUCUUGGGAGGGAGAACAAAGUACCCUUUCUUCUUGGUUUCUCAGGUGAAGGUCUCGGCUUGAAGAAAGAUUCCCCACCCCCCACCCCUUACAAAUAUAUUUGUUGCUUAUUUGUGUUUGAUAAACCCCAGGGAUGCCAGGGUUUAGGUCAGGUUAAGUGCGGGAAUGAAUGGAUGGACAGGGAAAGAACAUCAAACCAUCCUUGCCCCAGUGCAGAAAGGAAAUCUGGUGGGCUGAGCUGGGCUAGGGUGUGAGCAGGGUCCUCAGACAUGAAUUCUGGGAUCAGUGUAGGUCCUCUCCUGUUGUGAUAAAUCAGUAAGUUGGACUUGAGCCCCUGGAAAAAUGACUCCUUCGAAACUCUUCAGUUCCCCCAAAGGAAGUUGAACUGGUUGAACUCAGAAGGAGUUGUCGGUGCUCUUUUCCACUCUUUGGUAGGACGAGUCCUGGCUUGCACUGGACUCCUCCCUUCUGGUCUGGUGGAGCUCCAGUUUUGAUGUUUGCACCUGUCAGAAGCAGAGAUGGGCAACUUCAAAGGGUACAGUCUUCCAACCCCUUCCUGGCUGGUUAUAGGCCACCCUCACCUUCCUGGGCAGACUGAGAAGCAACCAAAAGGUAUCAGCCAGUAUUGAUGGGAGUUGGAGAGGGGGGACUCUAGCUCCUCAUCCCUGUUCAGGUGCCCAACCUAGCCUUGCUAGAAGGUAACAGCUCACGUUAUCAGGCCGAAAAAGCUGGGACUUAAACCCACUAGGUGGGCUGAUUUCAGAUCUGUAUAGCAGCUUAUUUAUUAACAUCUGCCAAGGACCUCCUUUCCUCUCUCCCUCUCUCCAACUAUUUAUUCACAUUUUCCAGUACUGUAGUGAGUCCAAGGGCUGUGAAAAAAAAGAUGUGUUCCACCUUUAUCCCUUGGUGCGUGCCCUCUGACUGUCAUGUUAAGACCCCCAUGGAUCAGUGGGAGGGAUGCCCUGGUGCUAAUUCUUUUCAGGCCACAAUGGGUAAGGGUUGCCUUAGAUGCUGUCCCAUAGACAGCAUAGUCUACAUUCUGAUCUGUAACCAGAGACACCCCCUACUCAGUGGAAGGGGAAUGUAUCAGCUGUGGGAGAUAACCGUGAGCAAGCUUUGUGGUGGUGCUACACUCUACUUUUUAGUAAACAUUGUUCAAGACAUAUUCAAUCCACCAGAGAUCAGGUAAGAUAGUCAUGGGUAGAUGGGUGAGCUGCCUUCUCAUCCGGGAAAUCCAGAUGCCACCAGUCAUGAUUGAUAGUGCUAGAUCAGAAAGAUUAUGUUUUAAGACAGGCUACAGCCUCAUCGAAGUCCUACUUUUUGUCCUCUGCCAAGUUUGGGUGCUGCUGCUGAAGUUAUGUAAUGCUCACUGAGAAAUGUCUCCUAAUAUCCCAAACCCAGGUCUACCACUACACUCCUUUUGCUUAGGGGAGCUGCAGUAAACUAUCUUUUUACUACACCACUAACUCUUUAGGUAAGCUAACAGGCCCAACCAGCCAGGCCUCUCCUCUACUGUACUGCUAAGUCCAAGGAAGACCUGCAUGUGGCAUUUUUGCUCUCUGCAAACCUCUAUGUAUGCCUGUACAACGUGGCUUUGCCAUGCAGAGUGAACGUUAUGCAACAUCUCACAUCUUGUAAAAUCCUAGCUUUUGUUGCUGGGAAAGGGAAGGAGACACUUUUAAAAACCAAAGGUUUGUAGAGAAAUGAAGGGAAAGAAAACUGUGAGAGUGAGGUGGAUUGGUAGUUCUAACAAGGUCAGAAACAGACUCUCUAAACAAGCCACCAUAGGUGACUGAACCUUUAGCACGCUCUUAACUAUUCUCUGCAAUUAGUGGAGAGAAAAGGGUCUCUAAUAUGUACUUCUGAUCCCAAAUGGCAAAAAGGGGGUGGAGGUGAUGGUGGGCAUCAGUCACACAUCACCAAUAUCUGUGUGGCCUUUUCUUAACCUGCCAGCAUAGCUAUGAUGUGUAGAGAACCAAGUUCCUGCUCAACCAGACAGCCUAAGCAGGGAGUGAAAAUCUAUAGCAUGGCGUAGCCUGAAGAACGGGCCUUACUACGAUCCCUUGAGUCUUCUGAGACCAUUUCCACCAGCCAAGUGAAAGCAGUCAAGUCAACUAGGAAGCCCAGGAAAAGUGGUUUCGUCUUCCAGGCCUGGGCUCAGUUACAGGCUAUUUCAACAGACUGGGGGAGGGGGUAGAAAAAAGCUGAUUAAUUCCCAACAGGCCAGAGGAAGAGCGUUGAAUCUGCCAACUCUGCAGGAGGGGCACCAGAUGUAGCCAAGCCAAAAGGAGUUGCCAUCAGUUUCCAGCAGGUUGUCCUUCAAUACCACAAAGCUAGUCCAGCCACAGUUGCAGACUUCUCCAAGACACACCCUGGGCAACAAGCAGAGGGAUGCUAGCAGCUCCCACAUGAGAGCAUUCUGCCAGUUUAUUGAGCAGGGAGAGAGAUUUCACUAGAGCUGGAGGAAAGACAAGACAAAAGGGGGGGUGGGGUGGGAUUUGCAGUUGCAUCUGCCGAUGGAACAGCAGGACAAUCAAAACAACUCCCACCAUGCUGUGACUCAAGAGCCUUGAUGGCUGUUGCUAAUAAAUGUUAGACCUACCUUUUCCUGAAGGCAUGUUGCAGGGCAGUAAUCAGUUGUAUAAAUUCUUCCAUUAAAACUCAAUUAAAGCCAAACAUAAUUUUAAAAACCAUUCAACACUUUUUGAAUAGGUCCUCACUGGUCCCUCUCAACUAGUCCAAAUGGAAUAAAUAAAACAAUACCCAUAUGUAGACAUAUUAGCAAAUAGUGGCCUUGGCAUUUGGGCAAUGAGGGUGCAAUGACAAAACCCUGCAGCAAAGUAACACAGAACCAUGACUUGGGGUUAGAGCAAACUUCAUACAAUCCCAAGAUCAAGCACUGGCACUUCUAGUUAAAGAAUUCUGAGUAACACAGCAAGGAAAGACCAAUGUUUUGGGGAGAGCUGCUGUUAGUCAAAGGAGCUAGUCCUAAAACAGUUGGUCUGACAGCAAAAUCUGCACUGAUUGAUUGGGGAGAAAGGUCACUUCAUUUGACAGCUAAACUAUCAUUUACCCAAACUCUGCUCAACAGAUGAAGAAAGUGCUUCUUAUAAAUGGCACAUUCUUUACUGAAAGCCCACCUCCUUUGUAGAUGGUAGUUCUUCUGGAUCUGUUUGAUGGCUAAGCCCCUCUAGCAAUACUAAGCUUAACAUCAACCCUUAAGGUCUCAUUAGACUUGUCAUGGCUACAUCUGCACCCUGGCCCUCACAAUCAAAAAUUUCACAGAAGCUCACCCUGGAAAGGUUGCCCUGCACAGCAAGCAUGGUACACAGCCCCAUCCCUGACAACUCCCAGCUCAGUUUGUCAUUCUUCCUGUGGAAGGCAAGUUCUCAGUCCCUUAGGUGAAGCCAUACAUCCUAUCACACUUUGGAUCCCUGUGUCCUCUACACUUGUUUUAACAUCUACCCUUGUAAAAUAGAUCAUGUCUGUAUGGUAAUAACAUUGCUAGAUGAGUUAAUGGCACUGCAGAUUUCAAUUAAAGAUCAUUUUGUAUUCAA